AUGUCUUCAACGACUGACCGCAUAUCCUACACGGAGCACAAGAUCAACGAGUACGUCCUGAACAUGACUGCAACACUUCCCGCUGCAUGUAAACUACAAGAGGCAGCCAUGUACGCUCGUCAGCAGUUCGAUAUUAUCCAGUGUAAACUUUGCAACAAUAUCUACACCGACCCCAGACUGUUAGAAUGCCUUCACAGCUUUUGUUUUGACUGCAUUAAAAGCUACAUGCCUGAGUGUUCAAGUCUUCAAAAUGCUGUCAUCCAAUGCCCACUAUGUCAGGAGGAGACACAAUUGGUCAAUUAUAAGGAAGGACUUGUCCAAAACACCCUACUUAACAAGUUACUUGCACAAACGCAAAAAGACACGACGAGUAUUGUUGCAAGCAAAGAGGUAGUGAAGAUGUCACACGAGACCCUUACUGAAACAGAGAGGAAAUGUCCCGAGAUCGUGGCCAGCAUCGAGGAGAUUGCAUCUAUUGCAGGGCAAAUUGUGGCGGACAACAAUCGCAUUUCCGACCAAGCAAGUGAUGUUGCAACAGCAAAGACCAAACAAGACGUCAAGUCCAGAACAUCACAACUUCAGUUCAGGGCUAUGGACCUUGUACACAGCAUCGAUAGCGUCAACGAAACAGUUAAAGACUAUGUGGACAAAAAAGUGGAACUUCGAGAGGCGAUAAAACACCGGUCUUUAGAAAUACAAGACGCAGUACGUACGAUAGAAAGGCAACUUAUAACAAGACUGGAAAACAGGGAGAAUGAAAACGCCACAAGGGACGAAGCAUUUAGGGUGAAGAAUAAACUGCACACUAUUUUAAGGUCAAAUCUUACAAUGGUGGAUUUUCUAAGGCUUUUGACGGAUUAUGGUGAUAAGAAGGACUUAGGAAUGUACAGUGAAAUAAUUCAAGAACGUGAAAAUAAACUGUUCUCUUCUCCAGUUACCGUCAGCGCGCGCAGAUAUACAUUCGAACAUUGCAAUAAGGAUAUUCAGAGCGAAAUAGAAAACUUAUUUGGGAGUUUGUCGGAGGUCACUUUGGACAGAGUCGUGUGGAAUCCGCGUAAAGAAAUUACUAAGAACUACAUUGAUCACAACGACACAGAGCUGAAACACUUAGAGAAUGACAGAGCGGAUGAUUUGCGGACCUCACAAACUGAUGCUGGCCAUCAUAGUGUUUCUGAUUUUAAUAUGAGCUCGGAUAUGCAGCAAACUAGCUGGUUAGCGGUGCGACAACCGCCUGGUAGUGGAAAGCAAACUGGUAGAGGCAAGCUUCUUCAGAAGUCCAUGUCUUUUGACAUACCUUCCCUAAGUCCAUAUCAUUACAUCACAAGCGCAAACCAGCCAUUAUAUGACAGAGCAAUAUUUGAAUCUAAGAACAAAGCAUCGGAUCAGGAUUUCCAAAUUCUUAACGAGAAAGAUGGCGACAUAACCCCAUCAACUUCAGGCAACGUUAUCGACACAAAUGAGGCAGCUGGAAAUAUCCGAACUGCAAUUGAUACCCUUCAAUCAACGUCCCAUUUUCACCAGUAUCGAGGCCACAGGUCACGUCGCGUGUCUGCACCGUCGUCAACUGCGAUUCUCGACGCUCUUAACCGUCGACGUCUGAACGCGUUGUCCAUCUUAGAAAGGGCAAACAUUAACACUGCAAGUCUGAACGUUAGUACGGACAUUGAGGCAGGCAUGAAUGAGGCACGACAGGAGUGGAUGAAGGAAGGAAUUAGACGGAGAAUGGAGCGGCGUUUGUCAAAAGAAGAAGGUGUCUAGAGAAUCCAGUCCGAUGCAGUCUGAUGCAGCUGAUGUGGAUUUACAAUAAAGAUAUGUGUCUUUUACAUGCAAUGUCUUAUGAUA